UCAUGCUGAGUACCGUGGACCAGAUUGGGAUCUGGGUCCUAACUGGCCUUCUAGCCAUUUUUACAAUCUUUUCUAAUAUCUAUAUCUUACUAGUGAACCAGCGAAACUGCAGAAAAAAUCAUCUACAUCUUUGCCCAGGUGACACUAUCAUGACUAGUAUAUCAAUGGCUAGUAUUGGUCAUCAAAUCCUCGCUUACUUAUGGAUGAGUUUAAUUCAGGUGGACAUAAAUUGUAUGUAUGACACUCUGGAAUCCAUUCUACUGAUGUUAAUUUUCUCCCUAAAAUUCUCAAUAAUGUGGACUACUGCUUUUCUUACAUUUUUUUAUAGUACUAAACUUGUGAUCAAGCCUAUCCAUUGCUACACACACAUUCAGGAGGUUAUUCUUAAGCAUGUUCUCACCGUGUUGGUUGUAAUUUUUGUGUGCGGCUUUACCAAUUGUCUGCCAGUUAUAACUGUUGAGAAAUUUCACAAUGGUAGUGAGGGAACGACUGACUGUGGUUCAAUACUACCAGAUGGGGCUGUGGGACUCAGCUACAUUAUUUAUCUUGUAGUCAUUGCAGACAUUGUUCCAGGUAUAAUAAUGAUCAAAUGCAGUAUCUCCAUUUCAUAUCAUCUGUCUAUCCACCUCCGCCACAUGAAGGAAAGCACCAAUGGCGCUCAUGCUCCCAAGCUGGGUACUCAAAUGAGGGUGAUCAGGAUGAACCUUACUUUGGUGGCAGUGUUCCUUUGUUUUCUGGUUGUGGAUCUUUAUACUCAGUCCACAGUUGUUUUGAAAAGUGAAAACACCAUGGGCUUAUCUGUUCUUUUCUCCACAAUUUAUACAACAGUCAGUGGAUUUGUGCUAAUUUAUGGAAAGAAGAGCUUCUGGAAAGAGUUUCUUCACUGGUAUAACCUAUUUUUAGAUGAGUAUUCUUGUUUAAGUGGUAUGAAAGUACCAGAGAGUAAAACUGUGAUGCACACUGCUCCAAAGCACUGACUAAAUAUUAACAUAUUGGCUAUAGCAUUAUAUCCGGCUUAAGUAGCACAGUAAUGGCCAAAUUUAGUUAUUUGAUAUCUUUUUGAUAUCUGGUUUAUCUACAAAUCCAUAAUGCUUGUGUAUA